UAGAUCCUCCCACUGUGAGAAGGAAAUUCCCUGUGACGACUGCCUCCUGUUUAUAAAAGCAAAGAGACAGAACAGCGAAGACAGAACAACUGCUGGAAUCUAACCAAGCACAGAGAUACAAGAUCCUCUCCACUGACUUUAACAGAACUUUCUCAGCCUUGAAGAUGGAAUGUGAGAUGAGAUCCAGCGUGAGCAUGAAGUGGAGCCACAGGAUGCCCACGGGACUGGAGUUGGAGGUCUCCCAUCAGCCACUUAAAAUGAAACACUUGGUCAACAUCAUCAUUGCCUUAGAGAGGCUGAAGACCAGCGGCUCACAGUCCGUGCUGAGCACCGAGUUCAGGGACGAAAACCUGCUGCACGUGGUGAUGGAGAGCAUCAUUGAAGAACAUUUAGUGACCGAGUGCGAGUCUGCUCCGUCGAAUGAUUUCAGCAGUGGGGUCGAAUACCAAUGCAGCAUAAAUGACACUAAGAAGAGGAGCCUGGUUCUGAGCCAAGACAGCUUGAAGCUCUACGCAAUUAUGCUGCAGGGUGGCAAUGAGCACCGCAAAGUUUACCUCAACAUGUCGACCUACAUACACCCGUCACCAGACAGAGAGGCCAGACCCGUGACUCUGCGCAUCAAAGGCACAGAUCUGUACCUGUCCUGCUUCAAGGAUGAUGCUGAGCCAACUCUGCAUCUGGAGGUUGUGGAGGACAAAAGUAGUCUGUCCACUAUCAGCCCCAAUAGUGAGGAGAUGCGGUUCCUGUUCUACAAACACGACACCGGGCUGAACGUCAGCACCCUGAUGUCUGCUCGCUUUCCUGACUGGUACAUCAGCACCGGACAGAGCGACAACAAUCCUGUAGAGAUGUGCCAGGAGACGGACAAUCGCUACAGAACCUUCACCAUCCAGCGUCAGAGUUGAAAGCGAUGUGCAUCUGAAUAGAAAUACUAACAAAAAAAAACUCUGUGUAAAUUUAAACAAGGCACUGCAUUAACAUAGUAGCAGUAACAAAAAUAUUUUCUAUUACUUUUAUUACGAUAUUCCACUGUAUGUACCAAGUACAGAGUGAAAGGAUGUUGGUUGAAAUAAUACGUUAUCACCACUAGGUGGCACUAUUGCAUUGUCUUGUGAUGUGAGAAUUCAUAUAAAUAUUUAUUUAUUUAAAUAUUUAUGCGCCAUUUUACAUGCUGCUUAAAAAUAAUACUUCUGUAUAUAUGUGUAAUUAUUUUUAAUUUGUGUUGUGUUUACAGCAGUGUGAAUAUCUAUUAAAAUAUUAUAAUAUGUAA